AUGUCAGCAGGAGAGUCUUCGACACCUGUGGUUUUCGACCACUCACAUCCCGCCAAACCAAAGAAGAAGCGGACAAAUGUAGGAAAGGCCUGUGAGCCGUGCAGGAGGAGAAGGUGCAAAUGCGAUGGAAUUCGACCAUCUUGUACUACCUGUGCAGUAUACAAGGAUGAAUGCUACUGGGAACCAAGGGAAGAUUAUCGAAAGCCCCUCUCCCGUCAACAAGUCCAAGCUCUUACCACUCGUGUACAGGACCUGGAGAGGCUCCUGAGAGAACAUGGCUUAGACCCGGGCACAUCUGGAGGUGGUGGUGCAGCAGGAUCGGAGGAUGAAGAAGGAGAGCAUAAGAAAGAUAAGGACAAAAUGGAGGAAUCCACGGGCGAUCUUAGGUCAUGGUCGCAGGAUCAUCUCGUGGAAGGAGAAAAGGGAGAGCUACAGGUGCAUGGCCCAACAUCCGCUUUCCGUCACAUAGGUAAAUACAGCAAUGAACGGGUCAACAGGUCAGACAUGUCACCGCAGUCACCAGAUCCCCUCCCAUAUGGGUUCUCCAGAUAUCUACCUUCGGAAGUAUACAUGACGCAAGAGCAGCAUGACCAGGCUAUUGACAGGUUCUUUCGGUUCUACGCUUGUUGGGGACAACGGACCAAUCCCAUCCUGUUCCGUCAAGAUCUUCACACUGCUCUGUAUACCGACAACCAUCACCAGCAAACCAAAACCCCUCAUUACUCACCCAUGUUGCACAAUGCGAUACUAGCGAUAGCCCUGGGAAUAAGCGAUGAGCCAUACCUUCGAGCUUCGGAAACACGUAGAGUAUUCGCAAAGAAGGCGAAGGAUCUCAUAGACGAUGAAGGGAUGAAUCCUACCGUAGCAACAGUCCAAGCUUUUGCUCAUCUGGCGUCCUAUCAUAGCUUGGAAGCUGAGCAUAAUUUGGGAUGGUUAUAUAUUGGGCAGGCUCUGAGAACAAGCUUAGCUUUGGGGUUGAAUAUGGACGAUACUAGAUUACUGAAAAAAGGGAACGUAACCUCGAUUCAAGCUAGAGAGCGGAAUGUCACAUUUUGGACGACCUUCAUUCAAGAAGGAUUGUGGGCACCUUACAUCGGAAGGUCAAUAUCAUUACCUGAAUACACCGCUUUGCCUCCCACGGUAGAUGAAGAGCUGGAUCAGCUCGUAUGGCAGCCUGAGGAUCCACCCACGGGAGAGGACUGUACGUUGAAAGCUCAACCUGGCAUGCUCAGUACGACGUUUUGCCAUACCGUCAAAUUGAUGAGGAUUGGUGAGCGGAUCAUGAAUACGCUGUAUGGUAUCAAAGCGGACAUGUCAACGUUGAUACGCACAGGUGUGAUAAGUGAGAUCAGUCUCUCGCUAAGUACAUGGCUAGAAGGCCUACCACCUUCUCUCACAUUCCAUAACCACGCUCCCAAAAAUGCUCUACCUCAUAUCCUCAUGCUUCACCUGUCCCACGCGUGGCUGGCGAUUCUCUUGCACAGACCGCUCUAUCGACCGCUUGCACCGUUGCCAAAUGGAUCGAACAAUGAUAAUGCAAUACCAUCUGGUACAUCGACUGCGGCCUGGGCUGUCAAGCAAUGCGACCGUGCGGCACUACAUAUGAUCACCCUGCUCACCACUUGGCAUCGAUUCCACAAUCUACGUUUCUGCCCUCCGACCGCUAUUCAGUGCUGCUUCAUUGGUGGAACAACCCAUCUUUUAUCGUUGGCCAGUGCACAGUCGCCCAAGAGACAGAUGGAAUCCCUUAGUAGGGCACGAGAAUGUAUUAAGUUGAUGAAACACAUGGCCGUCUCUUGGCCUGCCGCUCAACAUCAGCAAAUUCUGUUGGAGAAUCUUCUAUCCGAAUAUGGAAUUUCCCAAGGAUCACAGAGACUGACUCAGCAGAUCGACCGUAUGAACUUGACGAAAGACGAACCAGGUCAAGAGUCUAGGCAGACAGCUCAACUACCACUAGCGACGGAUUCCGGCAAUUUGGACCAUAAUCCAACGUCCUUUCCCCCAAUACUCGAUCAGCCGAACCUGUACCACUCCCAGAACGCUGAGAUUGCGAUCAACCCCAACGUCCCGAUUCCACCUAAUCUAGUUGCUACUCCGUUGAAUGCCACGUUGGCUCCUUCAACAGGUGUGAUCAAUGAUCUGAACGCUUGGAUGGGAUUGGGCUUGAAUGGCGAAGGUGUCGGUCAAACGAGCUAUCCCUCUAAUCUGAUCAACCCGAUAUCAUCCAGCUUUGAUGCGUCGGCUCUACCGUCAAUCAUCAACAGCUUGCUUCCGAACCAAAACCAGUAUGCAAACAGUAUGUUCAGCAAUCAAUCGAACCAGCUCGACCACCCGACUUGGGAUUCUAAAGCGUUCGAAUUGGAUAGAGAUACUCAAGCUCUCUUGGACAACAUCCUGAGACCGCAUUUAGACGUGGAAGAUCCGUUGCAGUACGAUUUCGGUAGUAGUUUUUAG